AUGGACGACUACUACGAUAGUGCAGAUUCCCCGGAAGAAGCGGCAGAGAUGGCAUUGCAAGUGCGAACCAUCCACGCUCAUGGAGGAUUUGAGAUGAGAAACUGGGUCAGCAACAGCAAUAACGUGUUGCAGAAACUCGGAAAACCUGGUGAAAAGGAGCCACGGCUGCUGCAAACCACGAUGAACAACAAAUGGGAAAGAGUGUUAGGCUUGUUAUGGCACCCAGAAUCGGACACUUUCACAUUUUCUACGGAGCUAGAACAGUUACGACACUUCAUUUCCGGAGAACGACGACCGACGAAGCGUAUCGCAUUGAAAGUCGUAAUGAGUCUAUUCGACCCCCUCGGGCUAUUAGCACCGUAUCUUAUUCAUGGUCGUAUCCUGAUACAGGAUCUAUGGAGAAGCGCAGUCCAGUGGGAUGAAGAAAUAAGAGAUGAGGAGUUUGAAAAAUGGACGCGCUGGGUUGAAUUAUUACCAAAGAUAGGCGAACUUAGUAUCCCACGUUAUUACUUCAGCGACGCGAUAGCCCCAUGUCAUACGCUGCAGUGUCACGUGUUUACCGACGCUAGUGAAACUAGCUAUGGCUGUGCUGUGUAUUUUAGAACCAUGAAUGAUUUGGCAGAAGUACAACGCACGCUAAGUAUGGCAAAAAGUAAAGUGGCUCCACUAAAACACCUAUCGAUACCGCGUUUAGAACUAGAAGCCGCUGUGCUAGGUGUCAAAGUACUCAAAACUGUAUUGAGCUAUCACUCGCUGCAACCCUAUGGAGUGUACCUAUGGACCGAUUCAUCGACUGUACUUUCGUGGAUUCGCUCAGACCACAGGCGAUACAAGCAGUUUGUCGCCCAUCGUAUUGGAGAAAUUCUAUCGUCGACUCAAGCGGAAUGCUGGCGGUGGGUACCAUCUAGGGACAAUGUAGCUGACUGUCUGACGAAGUGGGUGCGUGAUACAGUGCCGGAUUCCAACGGUAGGUGGUAUAAAGGACCAGAGUUUCUAUAUCUUUCGGAGGAUCAGUGGCCAAAGCAGCAGGUGAAAACGAACACUGUCGAAGAACUACGUCCUAGCUAUUUGUUUGCUCAUAUUUCUCUACCCGUUAGAGUGAUAGACAUCUCUAGGUUUUCAAAAUGGAGUAUACUGCUACGAACUGUAGCAUGUUUAUGCCGCUUCAUAAAUAAUUGCCGCUUGCGAAUCUCGGGACGGCCAAUAGAGACACUCCAGGCAACUAGAAACCUUCAGAAGUCGCUUAAAUGGAGCGUUCCAUGUUGUAAGACGCCGUUGAAGCAGGAGGAAUUUCAACGAGCAGAGCAGUUUCUUUGGAAAAUGGAACAAAGUGAAUACUUCCCCGACGAGGUUCGAGUCAUGUUGAAAAAUCGAGACCAGCCAAUAGCGAAAUGGCUAUCCAUCGAGAAGAACAGCCCGUUGUAUAAGUUAUCUCCAUUUGCCGAUGAGUAUGGUGUUGUCAGGAUGGAAGGCAGAACCGCAAACGCUGCCUAUGCCAAUUUCGACGCAAGGUUUCCAAUAAUUCUUCCCAAGGACGGUCAAAUAACUCGAAUGCUGUUGGAUCACUACCACCGCCGAUAUGGUCAUGCAAGCAAAGAAACUAUUGUAAAUGAGGUUCGUCAGCGGUUUGAAAUCUCACAUUUACGAUCAAUCGUAGAUAAUAUUUCUCGCAACUGUUGUUUCUGUAAGGUGACUAAGUGUAAGCCGAUCCCUCCACGAAUGGCGCCAUUACCCGAGCAACGCUUGACGCCGAAAGCCCGCCCUUUUAGCAACGUCGGUAUCGAAUAUAUGGGCCCACUAGAAGUCACUGUCGGUCGGCGCAAAGAGAAGAGAUACGUCGCUGUAUUCACGUGCCUGGUUAUACGGGCUAUUCAUUUAGAGGUCGCUUACGAUUUGUCCAGCGAGUCCUGCAUCAUGGCGAUCCGCAGAUUCACGCGUAGGCGAGGAUCCCCAGUUCAAAUCUUUUCUGAUAAUGGCACUAAUUUUGUGGGAGCAAACCGCGAACCGCAAAAACAGAUCAACGUCGAAUGCGCUGGAACCUACACCGAUGCGCGAACAAAAUGGUCGUUCAAUACCCCAUCCGCUCCUCAUAUGGGUGGGGUAUGGGAACGAAUGGUGAGGAGCGUCAAGGAGGCCAUGACUGCAUUGCUCAAUGGGCGGAAACUGACAGACGAGAUCUUGUGGACUACCCAAGUUGAAGUGGAAGGAUUAGUCAACUCGCGUCCUCUGACUUAUAUGCCACAGGAAAUAGGUCUGCCCGAAGCUCUGACUCCAAAUCAUUUUAUUUUCGGUUGUUCAUCUGGCGCUCACGAUCCUCUUCAACCACCUGAAGAUCUUGGGAAAAUUCUUCGAAGCAGUUUUCUACAAUCCCAGCAAUUAGCAGACGAAGCGUGGAGGCGCUGGUCAAAGGAGUAUUUCCCAACAAUCAACAAAAGAACCAAAUGGUUGAGCGAAGCAAGGUCCCUGAAGGUCGGCGACCUUGUAUAUGUAGCUGAAGGCAAACGAAGAUCAUGGACGAAGGGCUUUGUACUCGAGGUUAUGCCCGGAAAGGACGGUAGAGUUCGGCAGGCCGUGGUACGGACCGCGUUUGGAAUACUUAAGCGUCCGGUAGUGAAGCUAGCAGUUAUGGAGCUUAGUGGAUCUACGCUGGACCCUCCCCUCGAUCCACGGGGCGGGGAAUGUUCUGGCAGCACGGACGGUGACAACCUUUCGCACGAACUGCAGAAUCCGGAUGCAUGA